AUGAUUCAGGUUCAGCGGGAGCUUGGCACACUAAGUCGCAACUCGCUCCUCGCCCUCAUCAACAAAGCCUACACUCUCCCUCACUUGGUUCAAACCCACGCUCAACUCAUCGUUAAUGGCUUCCAAUUCGACCUCGCCACCGUCACCAAGCUCACCCAGAAGUUUUUCGACCUUGGCGCCACGCGCAACGCACGUGCCCUCUUCUUCUCCAUUCCCAAACCCGACAUCUUCCUCUUCAACGUCCUCGUUAGAGGCUUCUCCAUCAACGCCUCCCCUUCCUCUUCCAUCUCUCUCUACACCCAUUUGCGUAAAAGCACCAACCUCAACCCUGAUAACUUCACCUACGCCUUCGCCAUUGCCGCUGCUCCCGACGAGAAGCACCUGAUGCUUUUGCAUGCCCAUUCCAUCGUUGAUGGGUUCGGGUCCAACCUCUUUGUGGGUUCUGCUCUUGUUGACUUGUACUUCAAGUUUUCCCGUGUUGGGUUAGCAAGGAAGGUGUUUGAUGGAAUGCCUGAGAGGGACACUGUGUUGUGGAACACCGUGAUUACUGGGUUUGUCAGGAAUUGUUGUUAUGACGAUUCUGUUCAUGUUUUCGGGAAUAUGGUUGGAGAAGGGGUGCGAUUGGAUUCCACCACGGUGGCUACGGUGCUUCCUGCAGCUGCAGAGAUGCAAGAGUUGAGAGUUGGGAUGGAGAUUCAGUGUUUAGCUUUGAAACUUGGGUUUCAUUUUGAUGCUUAUGUGCUGACAGGUUUGAUUUCGUUGUAUUCAAAAUGUGGGGAUAUCGACACAGCAAGGUUGUUGUUCAGGAUGAUUGGUAAGCCAGACUUGAUAUCUUACAAUGCCAUGAUUUCUGGGUUUACAUGCAACUGUGAGACUGAAUGUUCAGUCAAGCUUUUCAGAGAACUACUUGUUUGUGGUGAGAGAGUCAGUUCAAGUACAAUGGUUGGCUUGAUUCCAGUGUCUUCUCCCUUUGGUCAUUUGCAUUUGGUUUGCUGUAUUCAGGGUUUUUGUGUGAAGUCUGGUACUAUUUUGCAUCCUUCUGUUUCAACCGCACUCACAACUAUUUACAGCAGACUCAAUGAAAUAGAUUUGGCACGCCAGCUAUUUGAUGAAUCACCGGAGAAAACUGUGGCUGCUUGGAAUGCUAUGAUUUCAGGUUAUACGCAGAAUGGUUUAACGGAGACAGCUAUCUCUCUUUUUCAGGAAAUGAUGAUGACUGAAUUUACUCCAAAUCCAGUUACGAUCACAACUAUUCUUUCAGCUUGUGCUCAGCUAGGAGCACUGAGUUUUGGAAAAUGGGUCCAUCAGUUAAUUAAAAGCAAAAAUCUUGAGCCAAACAUUUAUGUCUCGACUGCUCUAAUUGACAUGUAUGCCAAGUGUGGGAACAUUUUGGAGGCCUGGCAAUUAUUUGACUCAAUGAGUGAAAAGAAUACUAUCACUUGGAAUACUAUGAUUUUUGGUUAUGGGCUCCAUGGAUAUGGGCAUGAAGCACUUAAGCUUUUUAAUGAGAUGUUACAUUUAGGGUUUCAUCCAUCCAGUGUUACUUUUAUUUCGGUGUUAUAUGCUUGCAGUCAUGCUGGCUUGGUAAGAGAAGGAGAUGAAAUUUUCCAUGCUAUGGUCAAUAAAUACGGAAUUGAGCCCUUAGCUGAACACUAUGCGUGCAUGGUGGACAUUCUGGGACGAGCAGGACAAUUAGAAAAAGCCUUAGAAUUUAUUAGGAGAAUGCCUGUUGAGCCAGGACCUGCAGUCUGGGGUACAUUGCUUGGCGCUUGCAUGAUUCAUAAAGACACGAACAUAGCUCGUGUGGCUUCAGAAAGGCUAUUUGAACUGGAUCCAGGGAACGUAGGAUACCAUGUCUUGCUUUCUAAUAUAUACUCUGUGGAGAGAAACUUCCCAAAGGCUGCUUCAAUACGAGAGGUAGUUAAGAAAAGAAAACUGGCGAAGACUCCAGGGUGCACUCUAAUUGAGGUUAAUGGGACCCCAAAUGUCUUUGUAUCUGGUGAUCGUUCUCAUUCUCAUGCAACAGCUAUCUAUGCAAUGCUGGAGAAGUUAAUAGGUAAGAUGAGGGAGAUGGGGUAUCAUUCAGAGACAGUCACUGCUUUGCAUGAUGUGGAAGAAGAAGAAAAGGAGCUCAUGGUUAAUGUUCAUAGUGAGAAGUUAGCCAUUGCUUUUGGCCUUAUUACAACUGAACCUGGUACUGAGAUCAGGAUCAUAAAGAAUCUCCGGGUUUGUUUAGAUUGCCAUACUGCUACUAAGUUUAUAUCAAAGAUCACAGAAAGAGUAAUUGUAGUUAGGGAUGCUAACAGAUUCCACCAUUUCAAAGAUGGGAUCUGUUCUUGUGGCGAUUAUUGGUGAAGCUGAACGAAUAAUUGUUCCCCAGUUAUGUAGGCAGAAGCAUCGUCUAACCAAUUGGUUUCACAUUCUUACCUUACAACGAUAUGAUCUGGAUUCUGGAGUCUGGACCCUCCUGUGACCCUCCACUUCAGAAGCACAACAUUUCAUAGCACUGGUUGAGUAGAACUUUUUAUAAAGUAAGUUAAACUGAACGAUACAAACCAGUUUCUUGCAUUCUUUAAGUAAGAUGUAUGCUUGUCAAUUGUCCUUCACCUCAACAUCAUACAAACCAGUUUACUUUAAAUCUAGGGGUCUGUAGAUCUCUUUACAAAUACUUACUAGCAUUACAUUCUUUUAUCCAUGCAGAAGGUGAUGUACUCCUUCGCUGAAUU